AUGCCUCUCAACACUCUACGGCUCAACCACCAGAAAUCGUCCCAUCCCAACGACCGGAUCGUGUUCAUCAAGCCUCUCCCGCGCCCUCCCUCCGACCAAGCCUCGUACGACCUCGCAGACACAUUCCUGCGAGCCAUCGCGGCACAAUGUCUGCCGAUCAUGAAGAAGCACUACUUGUCGGUGACGACGCUGGAAGAAUACGAACCCAAUCGGGAAUUCAUUGGGCGCAACUUCAACAACGGUGAAAUCAUCCAGUUGGUUUUGCAGAGCAAGAACGGGGGUUGGGUCCCGUUCAACAUGGUGCAGAUGGUGAUGAUGCACGAGCUGGCGCACAACGCGCACAUGAACCACGGCAAGGCGUUCUGGCAAACCCGGAACCUGUAUGCCGAAGAGGUGAAGGCACUGUGGGCCAAAGGAUAUACCGGCGAAGGCUUUUGGGGUAGUGGUCGGACUCUCGACGACAUGGGGGCCGUUAUGGGCAAUAACAUCUUGAGCAGCGAGGAACUGGAAAGCCUGCCGCUGUGCGGAGGCACGUAUCGCAGCCGAAGACGGAAGCGCCCGCGUAAGGGGGCGCCGCAGGCAGAGAUGACGUGGAAAGAGAAGCGAGACCGACGGAUCGAGAGGAAAUUCGGCAAAAACGGCGUGGCGCUCGGUGAAGAUGAAGACAAGCGGCUCAGUCUCGAGAUCAAUCGCAAGGGACCUGUGGGGAACAAGCCGCGCGUUGCCCAGAGUAAGAGGGGAAGAGAGCUCCGAGCUGCAGCAGCAUUGGCGAGAUUCGAGACCAACAAGAAGGAGGUUAACCCCAGUCCCCAAGAUGAUGUGGAUCAGGGGGAGGAUGGGGAGGAGCAAUACGAGGAGGUCGAUCUGGACGCCGACCAAGAAGAUGCCAGAGAUGUCAAUGGGAACAAGCUGCUCGACAGCCAUGGUCACGGCAUGAUCCGGGUAUGUGACGAUGAAGACACAGACAACGUGAAUGUGCAGCAUGAACUACAAGAGCUGGGGACUCUGGACCGGUUCUUGCGGCCGGCACAGCAACAGCAACAGCAACAGCAACAUCCUCAACGAGAAGACGGCGACAGCGAUGACGACGGCGACGAUCGUCCAAGAACGGAGCCUCGCGCAAGCGAUCCUGUCCCGAGCACGUCAAAGUCAGCGCAAACCAAACCCCCUAUGAAAAUAUCCCUUCAUGACACAACUGCACGGCCGACGGCUGGGUCUGAUCGGACACGAGACGCGAAAUCCCUCGGUCGGAAUAGUAGUGCUCGUGGUUGCGCUCAACCAACGCCGGAAAUCGGACCAGCGUCAUCUUCACCUUCAUCGAUGCUCCAGUCCCCAGGCGAAACCACCAUCACUACAACUACUACUACUACACCCGUCGCUAGCGCCUCUCUCCCAAGCACCGCAGCAGCCAUGCCGACAAAUACAGAUGUUCCGGCCACGGUAUCGUGUCCGAUUUGCUCCCUCGAAAACCCCCGCCUCAACGCCACAUGCAUGGCCUGCGCCCACGUGCUAGACCCGCAGAAAGACCUGCGGCAUUGGUCGUGUCGUAGCGAGACGUGCACGGAGACCAGGACUGCGUACUUGAAUCCCGGUGACGCUGGCAUCUGUGGUGUCUGUGGUGCGCGGAGGGAGACAUGCUGGACUUAA